GUUUGUGCAACCACUGAGUGGAGAGGGUAUGGGAUGGAUGAAGCCGCCAGAGGAAAAAGAAAUGGGAGAGGGAGAACGGGGAAGAGGUGGUGUCGUGGUGUGUGGUAACAAGAUGAUGAUGGUACUAAGAGUUAACAUUUACGGGGUUUUACUGUGCCAGACACUGUUCUAAAACCCUUUGUAUGUGGUAAUUCAAUUUCCAGUCCUGCGAAACUGCUACUCUUCACUAGCCUUCUUUUGUAAAGGGGGCGACUGAGGCUCACAGGUUGUAGAACCUGUUCAAAGAAAGACAAAUGAAAUGCGCAGCGUCAGGAUCCUGCAUACCUCUUACUUAGCAUCCCAGAACAUACCUCUAAGCAGCACCCAGCGGUUGUCCCCCAUCGAGAUGUGCAAGUGAGGUCGUUAGACAAGGAGUAAGGGGCUGGUAUGGCUUGAACAGAUGGGAUAGGUGGAACAAGGAAUUGAUGUGAUGGAGGGGGUGAGAUCCAGGUGUAUCUGCAAGGUGAAGACAGAUGUAUGCGAGGGUGGAGUUGGAGCUGUAGCGUUAUAACCUUUCAACCUUGGCCGGUGCCUUCCUCUAGAAUUUUGUGGGGCAGGAGAGAGAGCUGAAAUAUCUUUUGUCUUACAUCUAGGGCAAUGAAGUUUAGGGGGUUCUUUCCUCUUUUUCCUGCUGUACUUGUUGCGGUGAAUAUUAAAGUUUAAAAAGUUGGAUAUAUCAUUUGAUUUGCACCGGUUUCUUGCAGCCAUGUGAAUUGGGUGUUUAUGACAUCAAAUAUGCAAAUAAUGCAUCCCCAAAUUCAACAUAAUGCUGAAACCAGGAGCUGCUUCCAACACAACUUAGUGACAAUGCAUGGUCAUGGAGGCUAUGACUCUGAUUUUAGUGAUGAUGAACACUGUGGAGAAUCUAGCAAAAGGAAAAAAGGGACAGAUGAAGAUGAUUUACUGCUCCAAAAGCCAUUUCAGAAAGAAAAACAUGGAAAGGUGGUCCAUAAACAGGUUGCAGCAGAAUUGCUGGAUAGGGAAGAAGCAAGAAAUAGAAGGUUUCAUCUCAUAGCUAUGGAUGCUUAUCAAAGGCAUACAAAGUUUGUAAAUGAUUAUAUUUUAUACUAUGGUGGCAAAAAAGAAGAUUUCAGGCGAUCACGGGAAAGUGACAAGACAGACAUGGAUGUUAUACGAGAAAACCAUAGAUUCCUAUGGAAUGAGGAAGAUGAAAUGGACAUGAACUGGGAGAAGAGACUUGCAAAGAAAUACUAUGAUAAAUUAUUCAAGGAAUACUGCAUAGCAGAUCUCAGUAGAUACAGAGAAAAUAAGUUUGGAUUUAGGUGGAGAGUAGAAAAAGAAGUAAUUUCAGGAAAAGGCCAGUUUUUCUGUGGAAAUAAAUAUUGUGAUGAAAAAGAUAACUUAAAGAGUUGGGAAGUUAAUUUUGGUUAUAUUGAGCAUGGAGAAAAGAGAAAUGCACUUGUUAAAUUAAGAUUAUGUCAAGAAUGUUCCUUUAAAUUAAAUUUUCAUCACAGGAGAAAAGAAGUCAAGUCCAAAAAAAGGAAGGAUAAAAUAAAAAAAGAUUGUGAAGAGUCGUCACGUAAAAAAUCCAGAUUAUCUUCUGCAGAAGAGACCUCUAAGAAAAAGGAUAAAGGACAUUCAUCCUCAAAGAAAUCAGAAGAUUCUGUAAACAUAGGCCAAGAUAUUCAAGUAUCAUAUAAUAACCAGGAAAAUCAAAAUGAUAGACCCACUUUUAUUAUUCAAAGUAUGAGGAGAACUGUGCAGUUUGCAUCAUUUCUAAAGGGAACAUUGAAAAACUUAAAACAGUCAAGAACAGAACCCAUGGCAUUGACACGACUUGAAGCUGUGCUGUGGGAAGCAGGUUUAAGGACCUGUGGAUGUUUAACUUGGAGAAAGAUGCAGGAAUGGGGGGAAAGAGGAAGCUCUGAUGAGGAAGAAAGUACCUCAGAAUCUGAACUUUGGAAGGGCCCCCUACCAGAAACCGAUGAAAAAUCACAGGAAGAAGAAUUUGAUGAAUAUUUUCAAGAUUUGUUUCUGUGAGAUGGAAGAGAGAAUCCUACAUUCCUUAAUAUAAAAAUACACUUUGAAAUGAUUCCAAAAACUUUUAUCUGCAAGUUGCAGUUUGAGUGAUUUGUCUCUAGAAAUAAAAAUUCAGCUACUCUCAA